AUGACUGAGGUGGAAGUCAACGGAUCCGCUGGAGUGGACCUGGAUUUUGCAGUCACCAAGGCCGCCCUCAAUUCUUCUUCUACGACAGCGCGCCUGGAACAUCUGCAUAUCUUGGAGGAGAGACUGUCAGGGAAUGAAAUAAAUGAGAAGCACUUCCCUUCCCUCCUACGACUUUUCUUCCGCACCUAUUCCUACUACCACGAUCGAAAUUCGAGAAGAGCGGUCCAACGUUGUGUAAGAUGCAUAUUCCGCUCAGGAGCGGCGCCAGAAUUACUGGAAGAUUUUGUUAAACUUCUUCACACCGAGACAACGAAGAUCAAGAUCCCCCCGGUUGAUGCUUUUGUUCUAGUCGAGUUAUGCAGUAUACUUCUUCAAGAGAUAUCGAGCACGAAGCGCUGGGAUAGAUGGGGUCUCGAUACGGUUGUGAGCAAUGCCUUGGCCCUGGACCUAUGUUUGGGCGAGUCGGCGCGCUCUAAUGUCAAGAAUUCCGCUUUGGUGGUUACUCGACGUGGGUUGAGGAAAGUUUUCUCCAACGAGAAGACAAGGCAAAGUACGAUUGAAGAUGUUGUGCGAAGACUCACUGCGAAAGCCGCUCAGCCUUCAACUAGAACUUGUGUCAUGUUAGGUGUAGUUGCCGGAGUAUGCAGCAGAAUUCCAGAAGCCAAAGAUGUCCUCUCCGCCCACAAGUCGGAAAUAUAUUCUUUUUACACCAGAGAAGUAGUAGGAUCGCGGACUACAGUUCCUCCACACGUGGCAAACGGGCUCAAAGAUUUUUUCGAAGAGUUUACUACAAAAGAGGAUAUCGAGAAAGAGGUCAUUCCUCCUCUUGAGAAAGCGCUUCUCAGAUCGCCUGAGAUUGUGCUUAAUGGACUCAUCGAACCUUUCUUCCACUCGCUACCUGAGUCGAUAGAUCUUUCAGAUAUCCUUCAGACCAGAUUGCUGAAACCUAUCCUGUCUAAUAUCAAGUCCACGAAUGCCGCCAUUCGACAAGGGGCUCUUUCAACGUUCAAGGAAAUCGUUCUUAAAUGUAACGAUACAGAGAUUGUGACUAAAAUUGCUGGGGAGAUUUUAACCCCUUUGAAGUCUGGGAAGUUACCAUCUGCAGAUCAGAGGUCUAGUCAUGCUGAUAUGCUCUCUGCGCUUCCUGUUUCACAAGAGACUGCUUCUUUAGUUACCCCAGCGAUUGCUGCUUGCUCUGCAAAGGAAGCCAACGAAGCCGCACUUAAUGCCCAGACCCUUACAUUUCUCCAUUACCUCCAGUGGGGCUUAUUCAAUGGGCUAGAAAUGCCAAAGCCAGCAGUCGAUGCUUUCGUGAAGGGCAUUUCGGACAAGAAAGUGCCAGUCAAGAAGCUAUGGGUAGUCAGGCUAGGCGAAUUAUUUUGGAGCAUCAAAGACCAAGGAGUCUUGCAGUCGAAGCUUACGGGUCUCGCGGAGGCUAUCACCCCGCCUUUGCUCGACAUUUUACAGGAGACAGUCAACAAUCCUAUUUCGGCCGCUCAGUCCGGUCUCGUAACAGCUGCUUAUGUCUUUACAGCGAUAUCGCGAUCAAAGCUGGGUGCUACCUCUAGCCCCAAGGUUGAGACAGCAUUAAAAAAAUCGCAAAUUGCUCGUCAAGCGUUGGCAAUGGAACCGAAACCUUCCUUCCUGUUUAACCACCGCAUCUAUGGGAAACUUUCGAACGAUGAUGAUUACAAGUGGUUCAUUAGAGCGCUUUCCUCUCUAACUUCAGAGUGCUCAUCAAUGGAGCCAAACUCCGCAAGUGCUAUAGCAUGGUCUCAAGCAGUCAUAUUUAGUAUUUGCUCAUCUACUGUACCUCCUGCUGUUCGAAAGGAUGCUUCUCUAUCUCUUUCGGAGAUAUAUCUUCAAGCUCCAGCAGAGAUAUCGAAGAUCAUUAUUGCUGGCCUUUGGCAUUGGCAACGAUCUGUUGAGCAGGAAGAUAAAGACAGCGCAUCGGCAGCGGCAAAAACAGAAUCCCAAAAUCUGCGACUAGUCGUUAAAUCGAUAUGCUUGCCGCCGGCAGAUGCUACCCGCCUGGGUGGCUCUGUAGACAAGUUAAUUCGACAAGAGCAAAUGGUUGCCCUGCUGAUCUUAUCCCGUCAAGAGUUGCUGCCCCAAAUGAGCUGGAUAGAUUUGUGUCUUAGAGUAGAGGUAGACCCCGGUGCCUUAGCACGCGACUUUGGAGACGCUCUGAUGCAACAGAUACUUGAAUGCACAAGCUUUACCGAGAAUGCUUCAUCUCAACGUUCGGAAUCUGUGAAAAAGGCGGCUUACAAUGCCGCCGCCGAGCUUGCCUUUGUUGCCCCCGAUGUAGUGACGCCUCGUCUCGUUGACUUGAUCCAGAAAGAUCUAGACUCCUCGCAACUGGCAGGAGUUACUCCAACUGAAGCUGCGAUAUUCCGAACGGAGGAAGGAACAGCGUUUGUUGACGUGCUUGCCUCAAAGUCACAAAGUUAUGUCCCAAACAAAAACACCAAAGAUUACGAUACGAUUAAGUGGGAAGAAGAAUUGAGAGCCCAACUUGCACAGAAGAAAGGCCAACAAAAGAAACUAACGCCCGAAGAAUCGGCUAAAGUUAAAGCCCAGCUCAAGAAAGAGCAAGAGAUCAGACUUAACCUCCGAUUUGUUGAAGCUCGACUCCUACGUGGUAUUGGUAUCAUCCACAGUCUCGCCACGGGACCACCAACGGAAGCUCGCUUGUGGAUUGGUCCGGCCGUGAAAGCCCUUGUGGACGUCAUAAACGCUGGUGCUGGUUUAAUUACUGGAAAUGCUGCGCCUGAUGCAUAUACCUCUUGCUCGGAAACACUAGCUGCCCGCAUUGGUGUAUUACGACCAUUUAUAGGCAUUGCUACCUUGAGAGCGCUUGAGGUUCCACACUUGGAUGAGCAGCUGCUUCAAGAGCCACUCGGGCCCCUCAUUACUAGAGUUCUAUAUCGGCUCCGAUUUUCUGGAGAACAGCGGCCUUUUGAUACGGUUUCUUUAACGUACAUUCUUCCACUCGUUUUCCUUGUGCUAGAAAACGCAGGUUUUGGCGAUUCGGACGAUGCUGAGGCUCAGAUUGUUCUUGCAUUGGAAUUCCUUACAUUUCACACCGACGCGGCUUCGGAUGAGUAUGUGCCACGUCAAGAAAUCCUGUCGGCACUGAUUUUUGCAAUGCAAAAAUAUAACCAACAUUACAAAAUAAUUAAGGAUUGUCUUUCCGAUCUCAGUAGAUGUAUUGCCCCGAACAUAAGCGAUCCUGAGAUUGCUAUCCUUGCUCGUGGCUCAAUAGUUCCCCAAGUCUCUGUUAGGACGUCAGUUCUCCAGUGUAUUAGUGCCGAAAUUGAUAUGAGCGAGCUUGAGUUCUCGGAAGAGAUGUGGCUGGCUUGCCAUGAUGAUGUGGAAGAGAACGUGGAACUUGGUCGAGAGAUUUGGGAAGAAAGUGGUUUCAAGAUUACCGAUGAGACGCCAUUCAAGAUGUUGUCUUACCUUUAUAGCAAAGACAAGCAACUUCGGAGAGCAGCUGCUAAAUCUAUUGCGGAAGCUGUUAAGACUUAUCCAGCGACGCUUGAGGCCGUCAUUGAGCAACUAGAGACUUCCUAUCAGGAGCUUGCAAAACCACGAGUACCUCAACUUGAUGAGUAUGGUAUGCCCAAAAAGACGGAUAUUUCUGAUCCAUGGGAAGCCAGAAAUGGUAUUGCCAUUGCCUUCAAAGAACUUGGAUCCGUCUUUGAGGACAGGUUCCUGGAUUCCUUUUUACGAUUCCUUAUUGAUAAAGGUCCACUGGGAGAUCGAGAUCCGAAUGUCAGGGAAGAAAUGGUCGAGGCCGCUACCACGAUUAUCGCGAUGCACGGUAGAGAUAAGGUUGAGGACUUGAUGCAGACCUUUGAGAACACUCUUGAAGCACCUGAUAAGGGUUCAGAAUUUGGUGACCGUGUGAACGAGGCCGUUAUCAUCAUGUACGGUGCCCUAGCGCGACAUCUGGAUGCUGGUGAUCCCCGUGUACCGAAGGUCGUCAACCGGUUGCUGGAAACACUCAGCACACCUUCAGAGUCUGUACAAUACGCUGUUGCCGAGUGCUUGCCACCACUUGUGCGGGCUUCAAGCGACAACACCCGGGAAUACAUAUCUCAAGUCAUGGACAAGUUGCUCAAUUCGAAGAAAUACGCAGCUCGUCGUGGUGCUGCCUAUGGACUUGCUGGAAUAGUCAACGGCAAGGGUAUAUAUGCAUUGAGGGAAUUCCGCAUUAUGACUACUUUGAAUGGAGCUCAAGAGAAUAAAAAGGACGUGAAUCAUCGCGAAGGAGCUUUGCUUGCCUAUGAACUUCUCGCGACCAUUCUUGGGCGAAUAUUUGAACCAUAUGUUAUUCAGAUUGUGCCUCAACUACUUUCAAGUUUUGGUGAUGCCAGCGCCGAUGUACGAGAAGGCUGUCUUGCAGCUGCAAAGGCAUGCUUUGCGCGGCUGAGUUCUUAUGGAGUCAAGAAGAUCCUACCGACCCUGCUCGACGGAUUAGAUGACCAGCAAUGGAGGAGCAAAAAGGGUGCAUGCGAUUUGCUCGGUGCUAUGGCGUACCUCGACCCUCAACAACUGGCGCAAAGCUUGCCUGAAAUCAUUCCUCCUCUUACUGGUGUCUUGAACGACAGUCAUAAAGAGGUCCGCUUAGCAGCAAAUCGAAGCUUGAAGCGUUUCGGUGAAGUCAUUAGCAACCCCGAAAUCAAGAGUCUCGUGGACGUGCUUCUCAAAGCAUUGAGUGACCCUACAAAGUACACCGACAAUGCGCUGGACUCGCUUAUCAAGGUUCAGUUCGUUCAUUAUCUUGACGCGCCUUCACUCGCCCUUGUUGCUCGUAUUCUAGAGCGAGGACUGGGAGAUCGAUCCGCAACGAAGCGUAAGUCUGCUCAGGUCAUCGGUAGUCUUGCACACUUGACGGAGCGAAAAGAUUUGGUUUCACAUUUACCCAUCUUGGUUGCUGGCCUCAAAAUUGCAGUUGUGGACCCGGUUCCAACAACCCGUGCGACAGCGUCGAAAGCUCUUGGGUCUCUUAUCGAGAAAUUGGGAGAAGACGCUCUCCCAGAUCUUAUUCCGGGAUUGAUGCAGACGUUGAAGUCAGAUACUGGUGCUGGAGACAGACUUGGUUCAGCCCAAGCGCUCAGCGAAGUUCUUGCUGGCCUGGGCACGGUACGCCUCGAGGAGACACUUCCAACAAUCUUACAGAAUGUGGCAUCGAACAAGGCCGCAGUCCGCGAGGGAUUCAUGUCAUUGUUCAUCUUCUUGCCCGUUUGCUUUGGUAACAGUUUCGCCAAUUACCUUAGCAAGAUUAUUCCACCAAUUUUGUCUGGUCUGGCUGACGAUGUUGAGUCCAUCCGUGACACAUCCCUCAGGGCAGGUCGCCUCCUUGUCAAGAACUUUGCGACAAAAGCUAUUGAUCUUCUGCUGCCAGAACUUGAACGCGGUUUGGCGGAUGAUAGUUAUAGAAUUCGUCUAAGUUCGGUCGAGUUGGUUGGUGAUUUGUUGUUCAAUCUUACCGGUAUCUCUGCCAACACUGAGCAAGAUGAGGUCGAGGAGGGUGCACAAGAGGCUGGCGCAUCACUACUGGAAGUUCUUGGAGAAGAGAAGCGGAAUAAGGUGCUCUCCUCGUUGUACAUUUGCCGAUGCGAUACCUCUGGUCUCGUUCGCACCGCGGCCGUCAAUGUUUGGAAGGCAUUGGUUGCUAGUCCUAAGACUCUCAAAGAGCUUAUUCCAACUCUUACCCAACUUAUUAUCAGGCGGCUGGGUAGCUCAAACAUGGAACAAAAGGUUAUUGCUGGUAACGCACUCGGUGAACUCAUCCGAAAAGCUGGUGAUGGUGUUUUGUCGACCUUACUACCAACACUUGAAGAAGGGUUACAAACUUCUACGGACACAGAUGCCAAGCAAGGUAUCUGUAUAGCACUGAAAGAACUCAUUUCUUCAGCAUCGCCCGAUGCUUUGGAAGAUCACGAAAAGACUUUGAUCUCGGUUGUCCGUGUGGCUCUUAUCGACUCUGACGAAGACGUGCGGGAGGCAGCUGCGGAAGCCUUCGAUUCUCUUCAACAAAUUCUUGGGAAACGGGCAGUUGACCAGGUGCUACCCUAUCUUCUCAAUCUUCUCAGAACAGAAGACCAAGCAGACAAUGCACUGUCAGCUCUACUCACUUUGCUUACCGAAACUACAAGAUCCAACAUCAUUCUACCUAACCUUAUACCGACUCUUACCGCCUCGCCUAUUUCAUCCUUCAACGCCAAGGCAUUGGCUUCACUUUCUACUGUCGCAGGCUCUUCUAUUACACGAAGAUUACCUAAUAUCCUCAAUUCACUCAUGGACAACAUCAUAUCUUGCAAAGACGACGAGUUACGGGCUGAUCUCGAUUCAUCGUUUGAUACCGUUGUGCUUUCUAUAGAUGAAUUCGAUGGUCUGAACACUGCCAUGAGCGUUCUUCUCGCUUUGGUUAAACAUGACGACCAUCGUAGACGAGCUGCCGUGGACUACCACCUUGCAAAGUUCUUCGCUGUUUCGACAGUCGAUUAUUCUCGUUACAACCAAGAAAUUAUCAGAGCUCUCCUAAUGUCGUUCGAUGACAGGGACCCUGAAGUUGUCAAGGCUGCCUGGACGGCGCUUACCGAGUUUACAAAACGUCUGAAGAAGGAGGAGAUGGAGUCUUUGGUUUACUCGACACGCCAAACGCUCCAGCAUGUUGGUGUGGCUGGCGCGAACCUGCCUGGCUUUGGACUACCAAAGGGUAUCAAUGCCAUUUUGCCAAUAUUUCUUCAGGGUCUUAUGAAUGGUACCGCCGAACAGAGAACCCAGGCAGCUCUCGCAAUAUCUGAUAUCGUUGAUCGUACCAGUGGCGACUCUCUCAAGCCUUUUGUUACACAGAUUACGGGACCCCUUAUCCGUGUUGUUUCCGAAAGAUCUGUUGAAGUCAAGGCCGCCAUCCUACUCACGCUGAACAACCUACUUGAGAAAAUACCAACUUUCUUGAAGCCUUUCCUUCCGCAACUUCAACGCACUUUUGCCAAAUCCUUAGCGGACACUUCAAGCGAGGUCUUAAGAAGUCGCGCAGCAAAAGCUUUGGGUACAUUGAUUACGUUGACUCCAAGAAUUGACCCUCUGAUUGCUGAGCUAGUCACCGGUUCAAGGACAUCUGAUACUGGGGUCCGCAAUGCAAUGUUGAAAGCUUUGUAUGAAGUCAUCAGCAAGGCAGGGGCUAACAUGGGUGAAGCUUCGAGGAGCGCAGUAUUAGGAUUGAUUGACACAGAUUCAGAAGAGAACGAUGUGGCAAUGUCUAUCACCUAUGCAAAACUUCUUGGUGCUUUAAUCAAGAAUGUCCCCGCCGAGAACGCUGCAGGACUUAUCAAGAACCGGGUCAUGACGACGCAUUUCAGUCAAUCAUCUGUGCUUGCCCUCAAUGCUGUCUUGCAUGAGUCGCCAACGUCUCUGACGGAUAGUGCCUUUGCAGAUGAUUUGCCAAAAGUCAUCUGUCAGGGCAUGUUGAGUAAAAAUAACUUCAUCUCUGACAACUGUGUCUUGGCCGCUGGUAAAUACCUUCUCUCUGACGGACGAAGCGUAGAUUUCGAAACAAUCAAACCACUUUUUGAAGCGCUCGCUAAGCUUAUUCAACCCGGUGCUUCUGUUGACACACGUCGUCUUGCACUUGUGGUCGUUCGUACUGCUUGCCGUCACCACAUGGAUCUUGUCAGACCACACCUUCCUAUGCUCGCGCUUCCAAUAUUUGCUAGUGUCCGAGAUAUGGUUAUCCCCAUUAAGCUGGCCGCAGAAGCCGCGUUCAUGGCGCUAUUCAAUGUCGUCGACGAGGAGAGCAAGGUCUUUGACAAGUACAUAUCCACGCAAGAAUUGCCGGCAGCUCAGAAGAGGAGUAUGCAAGAUUACUUUAAGAGGGUGGCCUUAAGACUUGGAAAUACGGCGAGAGAGAGAAGAGAGGCAGAGGGUGGACAGGGUGGACUAGGAUUGUCCAAUGAUGAGAUUGAUGAUGAGAAAGAGAUCCAGAGCAUCGGGAAGGUGGAUUUGGGAGAGGGUGUAUUUGAUGACUGA